AUGUUCCAUACGCCACCAAUAGACUCUUCUUUCAAAGACGAAUCAACGAAAGAAUCUUAUUCAGACCCAUUGCACACGAUAAUCAACCAACAACCAGCUGAUAAUAAUGAAGGUAAUGAUAAUGACGAUGAAGGACUACCUCAGGAACUACCACCACAAUUAAAUGAACUAAUCACCAUUUUUUUAAAAGAUUUGAAAACCCCAAAAUAUAACAAACCAUUAACUCCUGAACAAUUAUAUUCAACUUUCCAAACUUUUUACAAGAAAUUCCACCAGAGAGCUGAAUUGUUUGUUAAAGGUUCUGUUUAUUAUAAAAAAAGAAUAACUAGGAUUGAAUUACAAACAAGAAAUGAGAUUGCAAGUGAUAAGAAAUUUAAUAAAACCAUUGAAUUGAAAAUAAGAAGAUAUAUUGAGAUUGCAGAGGAACAAAUAUGUAUUGAACUAUUUGAAAAAUUGUUUAAUAAAUUCCCUAAAGAUAUCAAGAUAAAUUCAUAUUUAAUUGAAAAAUUAUCAAUUAUUAAAAAAAUUAAAGGUAUUGAUUAUAAUGUCUUGCUUGAUAUUGCCAAAAUUGAAUUUGAUCAACCAAUAAUUAAAGAAAUUUCUCAUAAGUUCAAUGAACUAAACCAUUUCACUACACCAUGUUCCAAAUUAAAAGUAUUGAUCUCAAUACAUUCUUCAAUAAAUCAAUUUCUCAAAACUCAAUUAUCAAAUGAAUUUGUUGAUGGAGAUUAUUUCUUACCUUUAUUAAUCUAUUUAAUCUUGAUCAAUGAAGAUGAUGUUGAUUUUUAUUCCAAUUUCAUAUAUAUCAAAAGGUUUAGACAAGAUUCAUUACUGGUUGGUGAAUCUUUAUACUGUUUAACAAAUUUCGAAGCUGCAAUUACAUUUAUCCAACAUUUAGAAUUAUUAAAUGAUGGGUUUGAUUAUUCAAAUUUAACUCAACAUGAAUUAGACUUCUUGAAAUUAAAACUUUCUUUAGAAAUUGAUGAAUCAAUUGAUAUUCAUAUUCCAUCAGAUGGUCAUAUUUUAUCAAAUUCCACAGAUGGUAUUAAAUUAAUAAGUUCUGCAAUUGAUAGUUCUUUUAAAUCAAUGAUGCAUAGAUUUGGUUCAUCGAGUAUAGUACCGACCCAAACAAAUGAAAUGAUAGAUGAAGUUGAACCAAGCAAUGAUGGGUACAAUCCAAUAAAUAAACUUGUUGGGGUGAUGAAAUGGAGAAGUAAUACACCAACACCACCUGAUAAUGGUACAGUUACUAAUCGCUCAAGAUCAAAUACAUUGAAUAGAUCAAGAUCAUCAACUUUGAACUCCACGCCUGUUGAUAUUCACAAGUUUAAGAAUAGGAAAUUUAAAGAUUUGAAAAUAUCUGAAUUGGAGGAAUUGUUCAAUGAUUAUUCAACCUUGACGAAAUGGUUAGAUAAGUGA